UAUCUAAAGAAAAAGAGAGUGUUGUUGUAGGUGAGAAACACCGGAUACAAUCCUUUGUCAGUUACAAAGCUACAUAUACUUAAUACUUCCAUCUUCGUCUUCUCAAAAAAUCUAUCCACUUCCUUUUCUUUCCUUUCUUGUGAACGAAUUAUGACUCGUUCCUACAGAUUCCUGUCUUCAAUCGCUAACUCAUCUUCAUCUUUCGAUCCGAUGGUCGCUGAACCGCCGGAGGCAGUCGCCGUUGAGUCUGAUUUCGUUGUUAUCCUCGCCGCCCUCCUCUGCGCUCUGAUUUGUGUUCUAGGCCUUUUCGCAGUAGCUCGCUGCGCUUGGCUCCGUCGUGGAUCCACCUCCAACGCCGGCAGGAAUACUAGCCAGCAGACUCCGAAUAAAGGAAUUAAGAAGAAAAUCAUUGAUGCGCUCCCGAAGUUCGUUUACGAUGGCGGAAACGAUCUGAAGUUAUCCUCCGGAGAUUGUGCUAUCUGUUUGGCGGAGUACACCGACGGAGUUGAGAUCCGUGUUUUACCGCAGUGUGGACAUGGAUUUCAUGUCGAAUGUAUUGAUAUGUGGCUCGGUUCGCAUUCCUCAUGUCCGUCCUGUAGACAGAUCCUGGUGGUCACGAGGUGCCGGAAGUGUGGCGAGUUUCCGACGGUUUCCGGCGGACAAAUUUCGUCGGAGGAGGAACAUAAAGGUAGGCAACAUGAUACAAGCUCUUGUUCAAGUGAUUAUUUACCAUGACAAUUUCAAAAAAUUUGGAGUAAUCUUUGUGUAUUAAUUAGCUCAAUUGUCCGAAGCUCCGCCUCCGUGAUAACCAGUUUAACGGCGGAUGGUUGUGAUAUUUGAGGCUUUGUAUUGUAGCUAUAAAGAGUUUGAACAGUUGUAUCAGAAAUUAGAAAUAGUUAAUUUUACGCUUUCUCUUUUUCA